AUGGGCAUUCUUAGACGAGUCGCUGGCCUUACGCGUCUCGACAUGGUCCGGAACAGUGACAUCCGGAAGAUAAUUGGAUUAGAGCCUUUGGUUCUCCAGAUUGAGAAGUCACAGCUGCGAUGGCUUGGGCAUGUGUUGCAAAUGGCUCCAGAAAGUAAGGCUAAGCAACUGUUCCUUGCAAAUCCGACCGGCAAAAGGCCCAGGGAACAGUCGAGAUUAACCUGGUGCAAGCAUAUGGAAGGAAUCUGUUCCAGACUGCAUUUGUCUUUUGCCGAAGCCCAGACUGUGGCGCAGGAUCGGGAACGUUGGAAGCUUUGUCUGACGUGUCUGCCUUCGCGACCCGAAAGGAGAAGCGGCGAUGGAAGAUGA